AUGGAUGAAACAAGCAGCAAAUCAGAAGGAAAAGAAAUCGAUGACGAAUUCACUGAAAUAACUCUGCGGCCAAUUGAACUGUCAGAUGUGGAUGAUUUCAUGGAAUGGGCAACAGAUGAAAAAGUCAGCCAAUUUUGCUCUUGGGAUACUUACACUUCCAAAGACCAAGCUCUAGAUUACAUCAACAAUAAUGCAAUUCUCCAUCCAUGGUUGCGAGUUAUUUGCACUAAAAACAGAGCAAUUGGGGCAAUUUCUGUGACACCAAAUUCUGGUUGUUUGGAUAGUUGUAGAGCAGAGCUUGGUUAUGUAUUGGCUUACAAAUAUUGGGGUAAAGGGAUUGUCACAAAGGCAGUGAAAAUUGCUGUAUCAAAUAUAUUUGAAGAAUGGCCAAAUCUUGAGAGGGUUGAGGCUUUUGUGGAUGUAGACAAUAAAGGAUCACAAAGGGUGUUGGAAAAAGCUGGAUUCUUGAAAGAAGGUGUUCUAAGAAAGUUCAGGACAAUAAAGGGCAGAUCACCAGAUAUGGUCAUAUUUAGCUUUCUAUCAACAGAUGUUCUGUUUGAAUGA